GAGCUCCGCCCCCUGGCUCUGCAUUCCAUGCUGGUGCGCCCAGGCUCCGGCUACACAUGCGCUCCUUGCUCCAGUUCCUAGACUCUGGCUGGAGGAGGGAGGGGGGACAAGUGAGCAGAGCGCAGCCCUCCGGCCAAUCAGUCAGGAGGCGGCAGCAGCAGGGGCAGAACUAGGGGAUUCUCAGCACUUUGCAAAGUUCCCCGGACACAGAGCCACCCCCGGGAGCCGGAGUAAUCUGUGCGGCCAGUCAUCAAGCUCCGUGCCGAUCGCAUUCAUUCCCCUGCAGUGCCUGCCUCACCAUGGUCUGGAUCUCCUUCUACCCCCUGCUCGCUUGCACUUUAGCGCUAUUCAGUCUCCCCGUCGGGGCAGAUCUCAAGUCCAAAAGUUGUUCGGAGGUUCGGAGACUGUACAUUUCCAAGGGCUUCAACCAGAACGAUGCGCCGACCCACGAAAUCAAUGGUGACCACCUGAAAGUCUGCUCCCAGAGACAUACUUGCUGCUCCCUAGCAAUGGAGGAAAAAUACAGCCAACAGAGUAAACAUGACUUCAAGGUUGCAGUUAUCGAACCAUGUAAUAACAUGCAACAUAUUUUUGCCUCCAGAUUCAACAAGUUUGAUGAGUUUUUCAAAGAACUUCUCCAGAAUGCUGAAAACUCUCUAAAUGACAUGUUUGUGAGGACUUAUGGGCGGCUAUACAUGCAGAACUCUGAGCUUUUUAAAGAUUUCUUUGUGGAACUUAAAAAGUACUAUGUUGGUGGCAAUGUUAACCUGGAGGAGAUGUUGAAUGACUUCUGGGCGCGACUGCUGGAGCGCAUGUUUAGACUGGUGAACCCCCAGUACCAGUUUACAGACGAGUACUUGGAAUGUGUCAGCAAAUACACAGAUCAGUUGAAGCCAUUUGGGGAUGUGCCACGAAAACUAAAGCUUCAAGUCACUAGAGCCUUUGUGGCAGCUCGUACAUUUGCACAGGGCCUGUCAGUGGCCCGGGAUGUCAUCAACAAAGUGUCCAGUGUAAACCCAACACCACAGUGUGUGAAAGCUAUGCUGAAAAUGACCUAUUGCCCGUACUGCAGUGGACUUGUUACAGUAAAGCCUUGUAACAAUUACUGCCUGAAUGUUAUGAGAGGCUGUUUGGCUAAUCCUGGAGACCUGGAUACUGAAUGGAACAACUUUAUAGAUGCCAUGCUAUUGGUAGCUGAGAGACUGGAAGGGCCAUUUAACAUUGAAACUGUCAUGGAUCCCAUUGAUGUGAAGAUCUCCGAUGCCAUCAUGAACAUGCAGGAAAACAGCAUGCAAGUUUCUCAAAAGGUUUUCCAGGGAUGUGGGCAGCCCAAACCUCUUUCACAGGGAAGACAGGCUCGCUCUGUUUCUGACAGCAACUUCAACAGUCGCUUUAGGUCGUAUGGUCCUGAGGAGCGACCAACCACUGCUGCUGGCACCAGUUUGGACAGACUGGUGGCAGAUGUUAAAGAAAAGCUGAAAACCGCCAAAAAGUUCUGGUCGUCCUUGCCGGGCAGCAUCUGCAAGAACAACUGGACAUCAGGAGCCAGUGAGGAUGAUUGUUGGAAUGGAAGUGAAAAAAGCAGGUACUUGUAUUCGGUCAUUGGCAAUGGUUUGGCCAGCCAGGCAAACAACCCUGAUGUACAGGUUGACAUUACAAAACCAGAUAUGGUCAUCCGUCAGCAGAUCAUGGCACUGCGCAUCAUGACAAAUAAAAUGAAGAAUGCCUAUAAUGGGAAUGAUGUGAACUUUAUUGACAUAGUUGACGAGAGCAGUGGCGAAGGAAGUGGCAGUGGCUGCGAGCCCCCAAAAUGUCCUGGGGUUGAUUCUGGCACAACAAAGGUUAUUGAGCCGAAGAUCAAAAUCAUUAAUUUUAAUGAGAAAACGCCUUCUGCAGCCGCUACCAAAAGUGCUUCUCUAUCAGUCCUUAUUCCAAGCAUUUUAUUCUUGGUGAGGCAAUGGAGAUAAUGGAAGAUAUUGUUAAACAUUAGCAAAAAGACAAUUUUUUCUUUCAAUAUGGAAAUGCACCUUUUCUUUUAUAACAUCAAAUGACUUGACUUUGGUACUGGAGAAAGGUGUAUAAUUUUUACCAUAUUGCCACUCAUUCAAGAUUUGGAUCGACCAUUCACCCUCAGUGACUGUCAUGAGGGAUAAAAGGAUUUACCAUCAGUCCACUUUGGCUUCAGGUUAAUGUGGCAAACAGACAUGUACAUAAAGAUUUGUAGGUAGCUCUGCCUUAGUGUUUUUUUUUUUGGUUUUUUUUUGUUUUUUGUUUUUUUAAAUCACAUUUCCAUAAAAUUAAUCCCAGGGUCACACAUUCAUAUGUAACAUGUAUGCUUUUUUAUGUGAUAUGUGUACAGAAGCUGUUUUUAUUUAUCAUUUUAUCUUUUUGGAAAACUGACCGUGCAGCCAGAGGGGGGAAAAAUGCUUCUUUUAGUAAAAUCUCCACUUAGGCGUCAUUAUUACUGCUUUCUGUAUUGGGAGAAAAAGAAGAGAACAAGACAUGGCCUUUAUCUAAUAGUACUAAGUGUUCAGAUGCUCUUUGGUACACUUGACCAAAUGUUGGUUUCUCAGGACCACUGGAACAGGUUAACUCUGCCUUUUAUAUAGUUGUGAGAGAUUAAAAAAUGUUAAUGGUCAAAUUACAUUUUAUAAUUGGCUUGAUCCAACAUCACUAGUUAUUUCUUAGUUUGCAAGGUUGUUCCAGAAUGGAUAUAUCUGGUUGUUCUGAUAUUAGGAUGUGCCACCGUGUGCUCUGUGUAGCAUAUUGUGCACUGUUUGCAAGGGAAGACUUUGGAUCUUUUCUUGUAAUGUUCACCUCUCCGGUUUCAGUGCUUCAUUAAUCUGAAAUACUGUCAGUGCACAGCCGUUGUGCAAAGGCAGGCAACACAAUUAUUUUUACACCUAAUUAAUUCAGUUUGUUGCCUAAAGGUACUAUCCAGGUAAAUAAGGCAACUACUAUCCCAAAUUAAGUACUGAAAUACAACCAUGUAUUUGGUUAUAUAAGCCACACAUAAAGGCCAUAUCUGCCACUGUCUUUUCUAUUUGUAUUAUGGCUCAGAAUACCAGUUACAGGCUUGGGAUACACUUCUUGUUUUUUAUUUAAAGGUACUGUUGCUGAAAGGUACAUUUCAAUUAUAUAAGGCCUUGUAGCCUAGCAUCUUCCUCGUAAUUUAGUAACAUGUAUUUAUUCAUAUUUCUUUCCAUAAAAGCAUUGUACUUUAAACUACUCAUAUCAAGCAAUGUUUUUUUGCCAGUUUAGACUUUUAUUACAAUGAACAUUGUGAUUUUUUACACAUCAUCUCCACCCUUAGAGUCAGCAUAUAGAAGUUCUAAACCUUUACUUUUUGGGGGAUUUAUUUAUUAAAAACGUGAAUAGAUGGAACAUUUUAUAGAUUUAUUUUUUUUUUCUAGGUGGAAAAAAUAGAAAAAAAUGGCUUUUGAAUGGGUAGGAGGUUGUAAAUAAAUAGCUUUAGCCGAGAUUUGAGAGAGUGGGGAAUUAGCUGAUCCGUAGUAACUACCUCUGUUCUGAGGAAUUUCCUUUUUAGCUUUGAGAGUCAUUACAUUUGAUAGACAUGAAUCUGGUCUCCAUAAUGCAACAAGACAAGCUAUUUCUGCAGAUUUUAUCCUUUUUCUUUUUGUCCAACCAUGGAUUUUUUUAUAGGACCUAUAGAGUUGGUUUAACAGAGAUUUUGACUCUGGAUGUCAUGAUGCCACCAAUCCAUUUUAGACCGACUAUCCUGCCUUUUUACCACUAACCUUUCUAAAUGCUUAAAUUAUGUUUAUGCUUCUAUGUUUUCUCCUUUCUUGAUCUAAAAAAUGUUUGGUUCUUCAGCUCUCUAGAGGUUUGGACAUGUAACUCUAGCUUUAUCUUUUUAUGCAAGAAUGGUUUGUAGUGGCGGCAGAGUUCUCCUUGGAACUCAGAGGAUUAAGCUCAGCUGGCAGGCCAGUAUUGUGGUUAUAGGGGUAGCUCCUUUGUUUUUUGUUUUUUUUUUGUCCCUGCAAUUGAGUUUUAAUUGCAUAUUUCAGUGAACACAAGGCCAACUAAUACAAUACACAGUAUUUGCAAAAGCUGAAGCUUGAAAAUCUUCAUUCUAGUUUGUGUUUUUAAACUACUACAUUGUAUGGUCUUUUUUAGAAAUUCAGUUAAACACAGUGGCAAAUUAGACCACUGACAUCCAACAGAAAGGUUGACAAACAAACAAACCUUGGGUAAUUGUGUUGGUGUAUUUUUUUGGGACAUAGUGGGAGACACAAUGCAACACAAAAUCCACUUAUUAAAAGAAAUAAGCAAAUUGUGCAUUCUAAACUUUGUUUUCAUAACUUUACUGGCAGUUCUAGAGGGUCUUGUCAGAGCUGGAAUGGUGGAAUUACACUACAAAGGCUAAUGGUGGACCCUUUAGGCAUAAUGGACAAAUGGACCACACACACUUAUUUUGCAAUGUUUAGAUAUGUUAAUAUUUAUUUAAGCUAUGAAGGAAAAGCAAGUAGUAUAGUAAUCUAUAAAUAAAAUAAAAUAGGUGUGACUAUAGAAUUGUAUACAUGUAUAAUCCACACCGUGUUGCCAUUUUAUACAUAAGACUGCAUUAAUAUCAUGGUCUGUUGCUGAGAGAGACAUGCACGUUGCCUUAUGUGAAUAUGGUUCAUAGUGCCAUAUUAUAAUCAACCUGCAUUUGAAUGAAACUAUGGUGCAGCAUUUUAAUACUGUGUAUUACAUACCUUUGUCAUACAGCUAGAUACAGCAUUGUAGAUGUUAAUACAAACUUCUGUAUUAAUGGAAACGUUUGAUACAUAGCCUUCAUUAAUUCUAAAUUCAUGGCUGCCAGAGGGGAAUAUACUGACAGCAAUAGGGGUGCUUAAAAAUUAUAAAUAACUGGUCAUUCUGCCUUAUUACUGUGUUUUUAAUAAAUGUGCCUUUUUAAUGUAGACUUUUUUUUUUUUUAAAUGUAUUUUUAUGCUUUUUUUUUCUUGUCUGUCAUCCCUAAAAAACUUUUUAAAGGAUAAGUAAGUCAGUUUUAUAUCUGUUGUAUAUGUACAGAAAUUUGUGGGGCAUAACUUUUGUGGUUACCUAUAAAGCCAUAUAUGAAAUGUUGUUUUCCUUUUAGUUAAUGGGUUUUUUUUUUUGUUACCAAAAAAAUGUGCAUUUGUAAAAUUCCGUGGAGGCUUUCACCCUCCUCUUCCAAAUCUACAGGCAUUACAACCACAAAUGUGAAAGGCACCAUUGCCCCAUCCCUGCAUUAUGGAAAAUAUGACAUGCACUAAAAAUUAAGUAAAUUAAAAAAAUUCUGUGUUCUUCGGCUCUACACACAGAGGGAUCGCCUUUUGUCGAAUUUGUUUGCACAAACCAAAACCUGACAAAGUUACAUAGUAACUAUAAAAUAAUUUAGUAAAGGAGGACUGUUGGCCAUUGCAUAGUUUUGUAAUUAUUUAGGUUUUAUCAGCAAUGAUAUAAAUGGACAUAGGUGGCCAUGAGUAUGUUGGGGAAGCAGUGGUACUUGCUAAAUUAUAUAAAUGUAUGUAAUUAUAUCUGAGUUCUUAUUUCAUGAUUGGGAAUUUCUUCAUUGAUCUUUCCAUCUUUUUUUUUUUUUUUUGUAGAUAUAUAACUUGUUUGUUUUUGCAAAUCUAGGUUAGUUUGGAGAGCUAUUCCUUCGUUGGUAACCAAUUUUUAUUUAACCUUUGUAAAGAGCUUGUCUGGGGAUGGUGGUCUAAAGCCACCAAAAACAGGAAAAUGCCAGCUGAAUGUAAAAUAUCUAAGUGUAAUAUUCAGAUAUAUAAGUAAAUGCCUCCAUGCACACAUUAGAAAAAAUUGUUGGAACCUAUAACUGCUGCUUUAUAGUGAGCCGGGGAAGCAUCUCUGCUGUGCAUUCCUUGCAUCCUGCUUUGGUACCCACUACACUCCUAUGUUAAGGAAGAGGUGUGUAAAGCAAAAUUGCUACCCUAAUUUUCUAUCCUAUAUCAUGUUUUCCUAUAUAUUUCAUCAGAGCAUGGAAAUUAUAUAGUAAUAUAUAUUUCUGAAUGUUACAGCUUAAUUUCUGCAAGUUUAGAACAUUGUCAGAAGGGGGCUUGGCAGCAUUUAGGAGCCACAGCUUUUUUUUUUUUCCAGAAAAAGAAGUUGGGACAAAAUGUCUGGAGAUUUGUUAUGGCUGCUGAACACUGACAUGUCUGUCUUUACCACAGAAGAGGGAUACAAACAUCCCUGUUACAAAGAUAAAAAGCAGACUGAGAAAACAAAAUGUGGCUAUAUUGCACAGCUGUUCUUUGCCUUUAAGCAGUUACGCCAUUGGUUAGAAAGACAAUACAGCUGCUUUGUUGACCUGUCUAUGCUUUCAAUAGACAGCACUUGGUGAGGAAUACAACAUCAUCCUUUUCUGCAAGCACCGCUGCUCUCCAGUAAUCAUGCUAAAUGGCAAAUGAAAUCACUAGGCACUGUCACGGCAGGGUAACUGAUGCACUCGAUACUUUGUAGCCCCUGUGUGGGUAGCUGACAGCACAACACAAGCUCAAUGCAGACCCAAGCUUAUUGUGAAGUUUCACCAAAACUUUGAUUGCAUUGCUUACAAUUACAUAAAUGAACCAGACAUUCUUUAAAUUUAAACUUCCGGUUUACUGCGCAAAGUGUUUAGUUCAGAGAAUGGCUUGAUGUUUCAAUGGCAAUACCAAAUCCAUUGCCUUGUACUCUGCCCUCUAACCCCGUAGCACAGGUGUAAAUUGUGGCUAAGCCGAGAACUGGUUUUAAACAUCCGUUAUCAUGCUAUUAAAGGUUGUUGUUAUAGUUUUCUGCGUUUACCAAUCAAAUAGUUAAUUUUUGUUUUGUUAAUGGGCUGUUAUUUGCAUGUCCUAUAACCUGUUGUUUUUUUUGUCUGUUUUACCAUUGAAACCCAGACAUUAUGCUCCAACAAACAGAAAUAAAUUAAAAAUUACACCAUU